GAACUUCUUGGUGGAGUUGAAAACAGUCCGGGUCCGGCCACCUGAAGGUAGAGACACCAUGCUUUCUGUCGCUCUGUGUUGCCUUUUAGCGGUGAUUUGUUCUGCAACAUGGACACAUGCUCUGCCCCUCUAUCCAGAACCCAACAUGGAGCCGCAAGCGGAUUUCAUUCAGAAGUUGGUGUCAGAGGUGGAAGAUGGAGCCAACACAGCUGAGGAGGAGCAGAGAGCGGCGAAUAACCUUUAUCCUCGAAUGAUGCAUCAGAAUGGAGGGAGAGACUCCUGGAAUAAAGGGGCAAAGGAUUCACCACCACGAGAAAAUUUUGCAAAUAUGGUAGAGGACCUGAAGGAAGUUGUACUGAAGCUGGCUGCCGCCGACCAGCUGCGCUCUCAGGGCUUUGUCAGGUCAGAGCAGAGUCUGCCAAAAACAAACAAAAGAGCGUGUUUCUGGAAAUACUGUGUGACCAACUAGAGCCCAGCAGGCGGGUUUCCCCGGCUCUGGGAAAUCUAUUCCACUCUUCAUCAUUA